AUGGCAAAGCUUUCGUUCCUUUCAAUGGGAGUGAUCCUCUUCCUGUGCUGUUGCUCGGUGAUCGCCGGAACGGCGCCAGCCGAUCCAGGCUACUCGAAGUACAAGGACCCCAGUCAACCCGUCCAUGCGCGGAUCAGAGACCUCAUGCGAAGAAUGACCCUUCAAGAAAAGAUUGGCCAGAUGACGCAGGUCGACUCCUCCGUGGUCACCCCCGAAAUCCUGGAAAACUACUCCAUCGGCAGCGUGCUCAGCGGCGGAGGGGUCUCUCCGUUCCCCAGAGCCAAGGCACGAGACUGGAUGGACAUGGUGAAUAGGUUCCAAAACAGUUCUCUCUCUAGUCGCCUUGGGAUCCCGAUUAUCUAUGGCAUCGACGCGGUCCACGGGCACAACAACGUGUAUCAAGCCACCAUAUUCCCGCAUAAUGUUGGUCUCGGGGCUACGAGGGAUCCGGAUCUCGUGAAAAGAAUCGGGGCUGCGACCGCACUUGAAGUCAGGGCGACAGGGAUUAAUUAUGCUUUUGCGCCAUGCAUUGCCGUAUGCAGAGACCCAAGAUGGGGCAGGUGCUAUGAGAGCUAUAGCGAGGAUCCAUCCAUUGUUAAAGCCAUGACGUCAAUCAUCCCCGGAUUGCAAGGAGAAAUUCCUGCCGGCGGGCGAAAGGGAGUGCCUUAUCUCGGCGGAAAAGACAAGGUUUUGGCCUGUGCAAAGCACUAUGUGGGAGACGGCGGCACCACGAGGGGCAUCAAUGAGAACAACACAGUGACUGAUUGGCAUGGACUGCUGAGCAUUCACAUGCCCGGUUAUUACAAAGCCAUAAUCGAGGGCGUCUCAACGAUCAUGGUCUCAUAUUCGAGCUGGAACGGAAUGAAGAUGCACGCUAACCACUUUCUCGUCACGGACUUCCUCAAGAACACCUUGAAGUUUAGGGGCUUUGUAAUAUCCGAUUGGAAAGGAAUCGAUAAGAUCACCACCCCGCCUGGAGCAAAUUACACAUACUCUGUUCAGAUGGGGAUAAGUGCAGGGAUUGACAUGGUCAUGGUUCCCUUCAAUCAUACGGUGUUCAUUGAUGCCCUGACCCAACUGGUCAAUGACAAUGUGAUCCCCAUGAGCCGUAUUGACGACGCCGUCGAGAGGAUCUUGAGGGUGAAGUUCAUGAUGGGCCUAUUUGAGAAUCCUCUUGGUGAUCAAACCUAUCUUUCCCAACUUGGAAGCCAGGAUCAUAGGGAUUUAGCAAGGGAAGCAGUCAGGAAGUCACUAGUUCUGCUGAAGAACGGACAAAAUGCGGAUCCUCCGGUGUUGCCCCUCCCCAAGAACGCCUCUAAGAUACUCGUCGCCGGGAGUCAUGCCAACAAUCUGGGCUAUCAAUGUGGUGGUUGGACCAUCACUUGGCAAGGUGGAAGUGGCAACAAUUUAACCAGUGGGACCACCAUCCUAGGCGCGAUAAGUAAGGCUGUGGACCUUGAAACAGAGGUUGUCUUCAGCGAGAACCCCGAUGCUGACUUCGUCAAGUCACACAACUUCUCAUACGCUAUCGUUGUGGUCGGGGAGCUGCCCUACGCGGAGACAGCUGGGGAUAGCACGAACCUGACGCUGGCUGAGCGGGGUGAGGACAUCAUCUCCAAAGUGUGCUCGUCGGUGAAGUGCGUGGUGGUCGUGGUUUCGGGAAGGCCAGCCACGAUCGAGCCGCUCGUGGCGAACAUGGACGCGCUGGUGGCCGCGUGGCUGCCAGGGAGCGAGGGGGAAGGGGUGGCCGACGUCUUAUUCGGGGACUACGGAUUCACCGGGAAGUCGCCGAUAACGUGGUUCAAGACUGUGGAUCAGCUUCCCAUGAACGUGGGUGACCCUCACUACGAUCCUCUCUUUCCACUUGGUUUCGGUCUUACCACCGAGCCCACUGGGGGACAGUGA